CUGAUUCUCGUCCAGAAUCCGCCGACCGUCUUCGUGUUGUGGUUGCUGCUAAUUCAUAAAUUGCUAUACCGUUCCAAGUUGGUGGUCGACUGCCACAACUACGGAUACACUAUUGCGGCUUGUAGCGGAUGGGCAUUGUGGGCGGUGCGUCUCUUGGAGUUUUUAGAAAUUGGCGGCAUGAAGUGGUGUGAUAGUAUCUUAACCGUGAGCGAGGCGAUGUCCGGAGACUUGCAUGGUCGUGUUGGUUUCGCAAUGCCCAUUAGUUGCUGUUACGAUAGGCCUGUCGCUGACAAUAUAGCCAAGGUCAGUCGCGAGCGGGCUCGAGAGGUGCUUCUCCGGUAUGUGACGAAUCACCCUGCGACUAAGGCAAGCGGGAUAUGUCAUAACUUGGAGGGCGUCACAUGGCUGGCCGCCGCCGCAGUCGCGUUUAGAGAAAAUGUGCACAUCGUGGUUUGUUCUACGUCGUACACGCCGGACGAGUCCAUUGACUGGGUGGUGGAGGCGUCCAGCGAAGCGGCGGAGGCCGGUCGCCGGGUACUGUUGGUGAUUACGGGAAAAGGUGCUGGCCGCGGCCCGAUUGAACAGCUGAGCUCACGGCUCACGACUCUCAACCCGUACUUGAGUGUGGCGCAGCUGUUUGUGGACUACGCCGACUACCACUCGGUGCUGCGUGCGGCUGACCUCGGUGUUUCCUCCCACCGCUCUUCCUCCGGCCUGGAUCUGCCUAUGAAAGUUGUCGACAUGUUCACUGCCGGCAUCCCCGUCCUGUCCUACUACUACCCCACCGUGGGCGAGCAAAUAGACUUCAAGCACACUUACCAAACGAAAAGAGAACUUGUACAACUACUGAAGCAACGUCUUGACGCUCGCACUCUUGACACCGCUCACACUCUUGACGCCGCUCACCCUUCGACGGCCCGCGACACGCGUACAUGGGAAGAAGAAUGGCGGGCCAAGGUGCACUGUGUGUUCGAUGAACUGCUCAGUUAA